AUGUAUAGAAAUACAGUAGCAAUUGAUAUUGUUAAAGAGUUUUGGAAUGUUGAAGAGGUAUCAGAAGUAUUUAAACAUUUAGUGAAUAAGGGGAAAUCUACAAUUAGAGGAUUAACAACAGCAUUAAAGACAAUACCAACCAAUCGUAUUAAACAAUCAUUGCAAGUGUUGUUACAACAUCAAUUGGUUGAUUUUGAAGAAUACAUUAUAAAGGAUGAAGACAAGAACAAAAAGGGACCGGCUGAAGACCAAGUGUCUGAUGCCUACUAUGUAGCCAAUGUCAACAAUGCUAUACAUCGACUUCGCAUUGGCAAGUAUAUCAAUUUCAUCAAGGAGCGAUACGACCAAGAAUGUGCUGUCAUCAUUGAAGAGUUGAUGGACAAUGGACGUUUGACAAUGGAGUCGGUGGUCAAGCAAUCGGUAUCGUACUAUAGUCAACGUGCUGGUUCUUUUGACCCAGAGGAUUUGGUGCGUCGUUUUGAAGACCUCUUUACACAACUCGUUGUCGACCACUUUAUCAUGAAGGUACCCAAACCACGUCCCAUCUCGCAAAAUGAUGAAGAUGGUGAGGCAACUGUCAAGGAAAAGAGAGAAAAGGGUGGACGUGUGUCGUCUAACUCGAGCACCUCCAGCAUGUCGCAUCUAAACGAUCCGUUUGCUAUUCCCUCAUCAAUCCUCAACCGUAAACAGAAAAAGGUUGAUCACAAUCUCAUCCCCAAUACAUCGAUUGCCGUUGAAAUUGAUCACGAUCAAGAGGAACCAGAAGAUAUGGAUGACGACAAUAGCUCAAAGAAAAAGAAAUCAAAGUCCAAGAAACCAGUUCCCACAGCCAGUAAAAAGGCUGCCAAGAAAAGAAAAAAAGCUGGUGAAGAGGAUGAAGACGAUGAGUUUGUUGUCAUCUCGGAAAGCCAUAAAAUCUCUACAGAUGAUAACAUGGCCAACUCUCAACCAAUCAAAAAAACAAAGGGACUCUCAACUGUAUAUAACGUAAUCAAUCAAGUAGAACAAGAUCAACAUGACCUCUUAGAAGAACAAAAAACUUAUUGGAAAGUUAAUUAUGAUCAAUUCCUUUUAGAAUUUAAAUUAAUGGCAUGUAUUGAUUUUGUUGAACAUAAAUUGGAUGGAAAAUCAGCAGCAUUAUAUGAAUCAAUGUUAAAACUUGUUAAAAGAUCAAUUAAAUCUUCACCAGAUCCAAAUGCAAAUAUUAGUCCUAAAUUUAUUGCAGAUGAAGUAUUUAAAGAUUAUAAUCAAAUGGUUGAUGGAAUGGAUCAACAAAUGGAUAACAAACAUUUUGAAAAUUAUUUAUCUUUAAUGGCUGCUUCAAGACCUGCCAUCAUUACAAAACAAGCAAGAUCAUCUACACUUGAAACUGGAAUUUAUAAUAUUAAUAUAUCUGAUGUAGCAAAAGUUGUAAAUCAAAAAAUGUUGGAAUCAAUUAUUAAACAAAAAUAUGGAGAUGGAGGAUUGAGAUUAUUCAAACUGUUGAUGAUUAAAAAGUUUUUAGAUGCCAAACAAAUAGCAGAAAUGGCCAUGAUUCCACUCAAAGAAUGCAAGGUGUUGUUGUUCAAGAUGAUGGAACGAGGUGUUGUUAAAUUACAAGAGGUUCCUCGAUCGGCCGAUCAUUUUGCAGCAAAGACCUUUUACCUUUUCUUUGUCAAUCGUGAUGCCGUCACGGAAAUGACAAUUGACGACAUCUACAAGGCUAUUUAUAACACUCGUCUUCGUCUCAAAGCAGAGGCUCAACCACACGCUGAUUUAAUCAAGCGUCUAGAAACUGUACCCGACAAGGAAAUGUCUGAAGAUCAAUCUAAAAUCGUUACCAAAGUACAAAAAAUUACAGAGGUUUUGGAAAUUACCAUUCUUAAUCUUGAUAGUGAUUUAUUAGUAUUAAGUCAUUUCUAA